UUUACAGUUUCGGCUCCGGAUGUUCAAGGCAACAAGAUAAACAAGGUAGAAACCUGAUUUAAACACAAAUACUCGUGAAUUUGUCUACUUCUUCAGACUGCAUUAUGUGAAGGGACAUGGUGAUGUAAUUCGUAAAAACGGAUGGCAGAAUAUGGAAUCAGAACUUUUGAUUGGCUGGCAGGAGGAACGGACGGAGCUGAGGGCAGAGCUGUCACGCCUUCAGGAUGAGUUGGCUGAGAGCAGAGCAGAGAGGGAGGAGCUUGAGUCCCGUGCUCAAGCUUUGACUGACAGGCUGUCUCAGACGCUAAACCCAUCACUAUCGUUAUCUUUCCGUCUGGACGAUGAACAACGAGAAUGGCGGAAGAAGCUCCGAGAGGGCAGAGAGAGAGAAGCCAGACAAGCCCUGCUUAUUCAUAAGCUUCAGAACAAGGUGGUGGAGUACAGAGCUCGCUGUCAGGCUUUGGAGCAGCAGGUGAUCGGUGAGGAGAGAGAGCUGAGGGUGAGAGAGAGAAUGUUACGGGAUGAACGCAGCGACACGUUGGAGAGCACACUCAUUAGACUGGAGGAGGAACAGCAGAGAAGUAUGGGGCUUUCUGAGGUUAAUGUUCUUCUGCGGAGUCAGCUUAGCCAAUCGACCGAGGCGAAUGAAGCCAUGAGAGAUGACCUGCGAAAGCUAACUGCGGAUUGGUCCAAAGCAGUGGAGGAGGUGGCGCAAAAAGAAAUCGACUGGCAAAAAGAAAAGGAGACUCUGACAAGCCACAUAGGAAAAGAGCAGACCAGACUGAUGACUCUUUGGGGACGUGCGGUCACACUCAAACGCCAGUGUCACUCUCUGAAGACUGCGACUGACAAGGACUUGUGGGAGCUAAGAGCAGAGUUUUCUCGCGUCUCCUCCUCUCUCCUCUCUGCGUGUGCUUCUCCUCCUUCAGCCCCCACCCUGCGCCUCGAUACCACAGCAUCACAUCCUCUCUCCUCCAGUCAGGGGCCGCUGUCUCUUGAUGAUCUGAAUUAUGAGCAGUCAACUGAAUUUAAAGUCAACCUCCAAUCAGAGACUCAGGAACUCAGAAACAGAGUCACAGAGCUUAAUAUGACCAUUACAGCUCUUAAAUCUGAAAGAGAAAAACAGGAGGUAGAGAUGGAGAGAAGACACAGGCAGGAAAUGGAAAGAGAGCGAGAACAAGAGAGGAAGUGGGAAAAACAGAUAGAAAUGGAGAGAAAUUUUGAAUCUGUCAGGAAUGCUGUCACGACACUGUGGAGGGUUUUGAACUCUCAUCAGAUAAGCGAGCAGUCUGUCGAGGAUGUGUCCAGUGAAGGACUGUCCACUGUCCUCUCCAUCAUCGCUCAAGCUGAGACUGCCCUGCAAUGGAGACAACAAGAAGUGCAGGAUGCUCAGGUGAGCAUGCGAAGAUUGGCGGUGGAGAAAGAAACUCUGGAGGAACGAACUACACAGUUGGAGAGGGAGGUGGAGGAGCUUCAGGAGCAGAAUAAACAAGGAGCAAUGCAGAUCAAACACACUCAGGAACUACUAAACAGUGAGCGGGAGAUGGUGGACAGUUUACGCAGUCAAGCGGAAGAGGCUGAGAGACUCACGGAGGAGUUGAGAAAAGAGAACGAACACAUGAGACGGCAAAGAGAGAGAGAGGAGCAAGAGAAAAUCCAGCUGGAAAUAGAGAGACAGAAACGAGUGGAGGCGGAGAUGCUGGAGGCAGCUCAGAUGUGUGACAGAGAGACUCGCAGUCGUCUGGAGUUGCACAGCCUACAGGGGGCGCUAGAGAGAGAGAAGAUGGACAGGGAACGAACCGAGCAGGAGGCAGCUGACACGAAAGAUGCUUUACUCAAGGCACGAGAGUCAUUACUGGCCCUGUCAUCCAGUCAAACCCAGCUGAAGAGAGAGCAGGCAGAAGGUCGGGAUGCCCUGGAGAGAAUGGCCACUUUAAAUGAAGCCCUGGCCAAGGACAAGAGAGAACUCAGUGUUCGUGCUCUUCAGCUGGAGACCGAGGUGGCAGAAGCCCAAGCCCAAAUCCAGGCACUUGGCUCCGAGAUGGCGGGUUUGCGGAGGGAACUGAAGACUGCGUCUCUGGAGGCCAAUGAAUUAAGGGAACGGAGAGAGACGGAUCAGAAAACCCUGCAGGAGCUCCGAGGAAAAGCGAGAGAGCUGGAAAAUGAGCUGGACACUGAGAAAGAGGCGAAAGAGAGGGAGGGGACUGCUCUUAAGGAGGAGAUGACUAUCAGUGAACAAAGAAUUGAAGAGUUAUCUGAGCAGAACAGUGCUGUAAUGAAGGAGCUACAGGGUGUUCAGACCAAACUGCUGAAAGCGACAGAGCAGCAGAGAAAAGCAGAACGAGAGAGAGAUGACCUGCUGAGAGAGAGCGAGAGACUACGGGACAGAAUAUGUGCACUGGAGAGAGAGGAGGAGGAACUCACCCGGAUUAAAGAGGAACUUGGAGGUGUGGUGGUUUGUCUCCAGGAGCAGAUGGCUCAGGUUCAGAACCAAGCCUCAGGUCUGGAGGUAAAGUGCAGUCAGCUUCAAACACAGGUGGAUACGCUCACACAGACCAAAGAUGUCUUGCAAGGAGAGAUUCAGUGUCUACAGACAGACCUGGGGAGAGAGAUGGUAGAGAGGGAACGGGAAAGACAAGGAGCAAUGGAGGAGAAAAAGAGGAGUGAAAGACAAAUAGAAAACCUGCAGUCCGAAUUCACAAAACUUCAGUAUGAUGCAGAACAAGCUUCAGAGAAAAAUAAACGACAAGAGGACGAGAGCAAAACGGAGAGAGAAAAAUGGCAAAGAGAGAGAGAAGCUCUGCACACCGAACUCGGACAGAAAGAUGGAGAAGUGGAGAUAUCGAGGAAUAGGAUAGAUGGGUUAUUAAAAGAAAAAGGAGAGCUUUCAGAGCUCUUGGAGAAGAGAAAUACAGAACUAGACAAACUACGUACAAAAUUGGCAGCAGAGCAGAAAACUGCUGAGCUUAAAUUGAAGGACGCAUGUGAUGAAAUUGAGAGAUGGAAGGAAAAAGAAAAUGAGAUUCAGAGAGAAAAAAACGAGUUAAAUCAAAAGUUAAUGGAAAGAGCGGACAUAGAAACUCAGAACCUCAAGAUUGCAGAGAUGGAGAGGGCUAAGAUGUCCGACCUGUUGAAGAAGAAAGAGGAUGACGUUAGGAAAAAACAAGAGGCCAUUGAAGAGUUAAAACUGAAAGUCCAAUCGCAUGAGAGAAUAAUUGACAGUCUGGAAAUUGAGUUAAAAGAGAAAGAGACCAUUGAAAGCAAAGCUGCAAUCCUGGAGGAACAGAACGUUCAGCUGAAAGAGAGAGAAAUAGAGAAAAUGAAGGAAAAUGAAACCAGACUAAAGAAAAGAGAUGAACUUGAAACAAGGUUGAGAGGACAGCUGGAGCAGAAGGAUGGAGAACUGAUGGAGCUCAAAAGCAGAGUUGAAGAACUGACUAGAGAGAAAAAACACAUCUCAAAUCUUAUGAAAGAAAGAGAGCAAGAUGUUGAAAAAUUACAGACUUCACUGUUGACAGAAAAGAGGACGUAUGAACUAAGGCUGAAAGAGGCAAAAGACGACACGGAUUGGUGGAAGAGACAAGCAAGCGAUGUGGGAAAAGAGAAGGAAAACAUAAAGUUGGUCACUGAAAGAGAGAGAGCUGAACUGACAGAACGUCUUCGAGAACGAAAAGAAGAGAUACAGACGAAAGAAGAUGACAUUGAAGAUCUCAAAGGUAGAAUUGAGUCGUUAGAGAAGAAACUUAAGAUGGAUGCUGAUCAACUUGAACGCUUAAAUGCGCAAAAUUCACAGAUGAAAGAGAGAGAGAUGGAGAAACAGAAAGAGCUGGAGAGGAAUCAAACAGAGCUGAAGGAACUGAAAACAGAAUUAGAAGAUCUUAGUAUCAAAAUGGAGGGAGUUGUUCGAGAAAAAGAGAACACACUACAAAGGGCGGAAAAGAGCGAAGGUGAGAUACAAGCAUUACAAACAAGACUAGCAAAAGAACAGCAGACGUUUGAACAGAAGUUAGAAGCAGAACGUGAAGAGAUGAACAGGUGGAAAGCCAAGCUGGCACAGAUAGAAAAAGACAGAAUAAGUUGGGAGGAAAAGGAGGAAGAGAGACGAAUAAAACAGGAGAUGGAGGAAAAAGAAAAGGAGCAGAGAGUGCAAGAAGAACUCCUUCAGAAAGAGAUGCAGUUGAGACAGUUAAGACAAAAGAUUGAUGAACUGAAUCAAGAGAAUGAAGUGGAAAAGAGGGCAAAACUACUAAUACAAGAGGACAUUGAACGACGUAUCACCCUCCUAAGAGAGAGUGAGGAGGAGGUGCAGAGACUAAAGAAGAGUUUACAACAGAAAGAAAAUGAAGAAAGAGAACGAGUCCAAUGUGAGAAGGAGGAGAUACUAAGUUUGCGAGAUAAACUGCAGGACGUUGAGCAGAGGAGACAAGAGCUCCUAAACCGUCUUCGAGAGACAGAAUCUGCAUUCGAUAAGGAAAAGCAUCAACGCCGAGAGAAAGAGGAGGAGUUUCUCGAUUGUAACCAGGAGCUGCUGUUGGUCAGGCGUGAGCGGGAUCAAGAAAAGGAGAAUACGGAUGAACUACAGAAGAUAAUAGAUGAACAGGGCAAAGAGGUUAAAACAUUAACGAGAAAUCUUAACGAAAGGUUCGAAGAGGUAGAGAGGUUAACACGGUUGCUACAAGACAGCCGAGGGGAGGCACAGGUGCUUAAGUCCAGCAUAGAGAAGAGUGAAGAGGAAAAAGAAAAAUUGAAUAGGUCUUUGAAUCGGAUUAAAGACGAGAGCAGGCAUCUGGAGACCAAACUGAGAUUUGAGAAAACCGAAGUAGAAAGCCUGAAAGCCAGACUAGGGGAUCUUCAAAAAGGUCAACAAAUCCGGAUGGAGGAGAAAACAGGACGUCUUGAGAAGCUUGGGGCUCGCAUAAGAGAGUUAGAAGAAGAAAGAGACCAUCUGUCUGCGGAGCUUCGAAGGAAAGAAAGAGAGAUUGGGGGUCUGAAAGAUGAAACGCUUAGGGAGAGACGAGAAAAGGAGAGGUUAAGCUCCUCGCUGAAUGAGGCAAAAGAAAGAAGGAGCAUAUUGGUUGCCCAGUUGGAAACUUUACAAGAAGAGGUGGUAAGUCUAGCUAAAACCAAAGAGCAAACCAUGUCAAUGGUCAAGGAACGCGAAGAGCAGAACCAGAAGAUGCGAGAAGGUCUGAUUUCAGGUCUUCAGGAGAUGGCCACUCUGAAGGAAAUGUUGGAGGAGAGUCAUCAUGAAGGAGAGAGACUCAGGACGAUACUACAGGAAAAGAAGGAAGAGCUUGUCCGAAACAAAGAAGAAAGCAUUAGGGCGGCACAGGCUGAAGCUAAAGAUCUUCUUCUAAAAGUUCAGAUAUUGGAGAAGGAGAAACAGGAGCUUAAGGCUGCACACAGACACGAACUGAAGAGGAAAGAGGAUGAAGAAAUGCAAGAAAUUAAAGAAUUAAAGAGAAAAGAAGAAAAGUUAGAGGAAGCAUUUAAGGCCAUGGAGAGCAUCGCAAAGCAGAGAGACGCAGAGCUGACCAGAGCAAGGGCAAGAAUGGAUGUCCUGGAGCAACAGAGGACUGAACUCAGCACAACGGCAGCAGAGAGGACUAGAGAUGCAGAAGAUCUAAGCCAAAAAGUCAGAGAGCUGAGAGAGGAGGUGAACCAACUGAGAGAGGACAAAAUGAGAGAAAAUAAAGAGAAAGAAGUCGUCAAAGAUCUUCUACUAAAAGUUCAAAUAUUGGAGAAAGAAAAACAGGAGCUUAAGACUGCACACAGACAUGAACUGAAGAGGAAAGAGGAUAAAGAAAUGCAAGAAAUUGAAGGAUUCAAGAGAAAAGAAGAAAAGUUAGAGGAAGCAUUGAAGGCCAUGGAGAGCAUCACAAAGCAGAGAGACGCUGAGCUGACCAAAGCAAGGGCAAGAAUGGAUGUCCUGGAGCAACAGAGGACUGAACUCAGCUCAAUGGCGGCAGAGAGGACCAGAGAUGCAGAAGAUCUAAGCCACAGAGUCCAAGAGCUGAGAGAGGAGGUGAACCAACUGAGAGAGGACAAAAUGAGAGAAAACAAAGAGAAAGAAGAAGCCAAAGAUCUUCUACUAAAAGUUCAGAUUUUGGAGAAAGAAAAACAGGAGCUUAAGAUUGCACACAGACAUGAACUGAAGAGGAAAGAGGAUAAAGAAAUGCAAGAAAUUGAAGGAUUCAAGAGAAAAGAAGAAAAGUUAGAGGAAGCAUUGAAGGCCAUGGAGAGCAUCACAAAGCAGAGAGACGCUGAGCUGACCAAAGCAAGGGCAAGAAUGGAUGUCCUGGAGCAACAGAGGACUGAACUCAGCUCAAUGGCAGCAGAGAGGACCAGAGAUUCAGAAGAUCUAAGCCACGGAGUCCAAGAGCUGAGAGAGGAGGUGAACCAACUGAGAGAGGACAAAAUGAGAGAAAACAAAGAGAAAGAAGAAGCCAAAGAUCUUCUACUAAAAGUUCAGAUAUUGGAGAAAGAAAACCAGGAGCUUAAGAUUGCACACAGACAUGUUCUGAAGAGGAAAGAGGAUAAAGAAAUGCAAGAAAUUGAAGGAUUCAAGAGAAAAGAAGAAAAGUUAGAGGAAGCAUUGAAGGCCAUGGAGAGCAUUGCAAAGCAGAGAGAUGCUGAGCUGACCAGAGCGAGGGCAAAAAUUGAUGUCCUGGAGCAACAGAGGACUGAACUCAGCUCAAUGGCAGCAGAGAGGACCAGAAAUGCAGAAGAUAUAAGCCACAGUGUCCAAGAGCUGAGAGAGGAGGUGAACCAACUGAGAGAGGACAAAAUGAGAGAAAACAAAGAGAAAGAAGAUGUGAUUGAGAGACUGGAGCUCCUGAGGAAAACAUUGAAGGAGAAGGAAAAUGAGAUAGAACUUGUGAAGAAGAGAUGUGAAGCAGAAAAACAUGGACGAACGCAAGUAUUGUCAGAGAGACUAAAAGAAAAGGAAACCGAGUUGGAGAGUGUGCGAGAAACAGCCUACAAAGAACAAUGGGCGAGGCUUAGAUUGCAGGAUCAGUUUGAAGAUGAGAAACGCGACACAAAUAGGUUGAGGGAAACAGUGGAAACAUUAGAGAAAGAAAAACAAGAGAUGCAGACCAAACUGGAGGAUGAAGGACGUGUCAGACAAUCUGAAAAGAGCAAAAGACCAAAGCUUGAUAGUGGCCAUGGUACUCUAACAGACUUACUUGAAACAAAUGAUGGACAUCAGUCUCAUGAUAAUGACAAAUGGUUAGGGGAAGAAACACCAGGAAAGCAAAUGACAAAGAAAGAUCAGGAAAUGGACAUGAUGAGGACCAAAGCUCUGCAGAAUGAGAUAGACGGACUGCACUCCACAAUGAAAAACCAGAGCGCAGAGGCAACAGAUAAUGAGGAGAGGCUAAAGAAACAAAUGUCUGUUGUCCUGUCAGAAAAGGAGGAGAGAGACAGACUCCUUAGAGAAAAGGAUAUGGAAGUAUAUGCUCUAAAAGCGAGAGCGGAGGAGCUGUGUAAAGACAGGGACCGGGUCAGGGUGGCUCUGGAGAAAACCGAAGCCAUGCUCAUUUACUAUAAAGAAAGACUGGGACAGCAAGAGCACAAGAAAACCCAACCAGGAGCGGAUGUGUCACGGGAGAUUGAACCAAAUACCCAGAGCAUAGAUGAGGUGAACACAGACUCUGAUGCGCCGAAUCGUCUAGCGGCUAUGCAGCAGGCCGUGGCCCAGCUGGAGGUGGAACAAAGCCUUCUGCAGAGGAGAAACACUCAUCUAGAGAAGAAGACUGAGAGGUUACGAACUGAGCGGCAGCACCUGAGAGAGACCUUGACACAGGUCGAGCUGGAGAGAGGCAAACUUAGGCAUCAGCUGUCACUGUCAGAAGCAGGAAUUCCGAGCCUGACAGGUGGUGCCGACAAGGAGGAGCUGAAACAUAUCAAAAUUCGUGCCAAUGAGCUAGAAGAACAGGUUCACCAUCUGCGUCUCAUUUUGGCUGCUGAUCAUAAGCAGAAAGCAGAGUUUAUAGAUCGCUCCCUGAAGAACAGUCAGAGUGUGAUGUCACUCAGACAGGAUCUAAAUGAAUCUCUAGCAGUGGUGUCCCAGCAUCUCGUCCCAUCUGUGCUGGAGUCAGAGACACAGAGGCUGGACAGGAGCCUCCAAGAGCAAGAGCUCAGACUGUCUCUCAGCCAAAGCUAGAGGAAACAAACACAAUCCUAUAGUAUUAUCAUUAACAUAUUGUUUAUUUGACACAAUAUCUUUGCACUUGACAAAAUUUCAGAAUAAACUUUCUGUUUUUCUGGGAGUGUGCCUAACAUUCCUUUUGAAACAAGAGACUCAGGACUUGAAACGUAUGAGCUUACAACCUUAUUUACAUGUGUAUUUAUGUGUAUUUGAUUAUUUUUGUCAUAAUUUCUUAAAUACUAAUAAGCAUCAUCUUAUAUGUAAUGGUUUAAGCUACUUUUUCAAUGUCUGAAGAGCUGUUACUUCCUGACAGACUCCUUUUACAUCAUUUACAUAUCUAAUGUAACCAGCUAAAAGCUUUACAGUUUUGUUUACUUUUUUAAAGCUAUUUUGUCAGUGUUAUUAUCUGUGCAAUAUAAGAGUUCUAUUUAAUGAAAUAUAAUAAUAUGUGUUCUUUUUAUAUGAUCAAUUUGAUUCAAAAUCACGUCCGUCACUGCCACCUUACUAAUAUUUCAAAUAUUUGACACUGUUGUUAUUACAUUGCUUUUUUGUUUUUUGUUGCCAUUCAAUAUGUUGUUAAGUUUUAAUUAAAGACUACAUGAUUUAAAAU